AGUUUGCUUGUUAUAAGCCGGCUUUAUGGUCGUGUCUCAAAACGUUGUGUACUGUUUCCGACAAUGAUGUAAACAAAAAUAAAUUCGUAUUCAUUGAUUGCAAGUUAAUUUGAGAACGUGGUGUAUUAUUAUGUGUUAAGUGUGUGUUUAGAAGUGGAACUUGUCAGUUUUCUAAGGAUUUUUUCGUUUGGAACGGUCAUCCAUUAUGAGGACUACGUUGUGUCUUCAGCUGCUGAUUGCAGCAGUUGCGCCAACGUUAGCCGAUAUAGGGAUGAUGUUCAAGAAGUUUCCACAAUCAGUGGCUGCUCCCGUAGGAGAUGAGGUGGCUUUCGAGUGCGUAGUGAAUGUCCCUGGAGAUAAAUUAGCGUGGCGUUGGCGGCCUGUAGAGGACAUACGGUGGCGAGACGCAAACGGUACCAACGACAAGACUUCCACCAGGCUUGUAGUCACUGUCAAUGAAGAUACGCCCACGUCCAUGUAUCAGUGCGUUGUUUGGUAUGGAGUUGUCAGCUUGGUGUCAGUUCCAGCUAGGCUGUCUAUAGCGAGACUGGAACUGAAUGGUUUGCGGCCUAACACGAGGGUUAUAAGUGCACCUCCCCAUAACACUCUUGUACUGCACUGCAGAAAACCUGUUUCGGAACCUCCUGCGGUUAUCAACUGGUGGAAGGAAAUAAGGGGUAAUAGAAAGGCAAUAGAAACUCCACAUGGCGUUCUAGUAAUACAUAAUGCUUCAGCAGAAGAUUCUGGCACGUACGGUUGUUCGGCCACUAAUGUGCCGUCUGAUAAAACCGUGGAUUUGCCGGAGAAGGUUCAUCUAAAAGUAGAACGUAGUGCGAGUGGAGAUAUUAAGUUCCUUGAAGCUGAAGAGUACGUCGGUACCAUAGACAAUGAUGGAGUACUGACAGUAUCGGUAAAACCUAGAGAAGCGUUGCGACUAUGGUGUGGUGCUGUUGGGUCACCUCCACCACGAGUGACAUGGAGUCGACAGAGAGGGACGCUGACUAGAGGCAAGCAUAACCACACGUUGGUUAUUGAGCCUUUUACGCCUGAGGAUGAGGAUGUAUAUUCGUGCUCGGCUAAUGGCAUCCGUCGAUCGUGGAAGGUGAUAGCUCUACAAACUCCUUACUGGGAAGGCGAAGUCAGUAACGCGAAUGCGACUGAAGGAGGAGAAGCACAUAUCACUUGCGGAGUGCCUCAUGGACAACCGCCACCUAAUAUCACCUGGCUGUUAAACUCUGAGCCUGUUCAGAGCGCCAAGACGAAUAGAACUGUUGGCGAAACAGAAUUGUUCAUUCGGCCGGUGGAGAAACGUCAUGCGGGCGUCGUACAAUGCUUCGCAUGUAACUCACUUGGCUGCGCAUACGAUGCUGCGCUCCUGACUGUUGUGCCGAUGCAGAUAUCCGACGAUAUGGAUUACUCCGCGGAAGUACCCAAAACAUUACAUAAUCCUUCGCAAUCACCCAAAAGGCAUUUUAGGAAGCCCCAAAGAAAACACAAAGUUGCGAUGAUACCUCCUUCUAAACCGAAUGUGACGCGUCUAUCUGACACGAGUGUCAUGGUUUCUUGGACACACCCCAACCAUGGCCUUCCUAUACAGUUCUAUAAGGUUCAAUACAAAGAAGUAUCGAACGUGAGCGAUAUGUCAUGGCAGACUGGGAUCUGGGAUAUAUUGCCUCGCAUCCACGCGUGCGAAGUUGACACGCUGCACCCGAAUAUUUAUUACAAGGAAAAGUGGAAAUCCUUAGUGGGGGCCCUUCUCGGAGAACAAGCUGCCACCGAAGAAAAACGUUUGCCAAAAAAAAUCAUCAAUUCCCUCUCAAAAUUCCGUAUAGCAGCGGUGUAUUCGAAUCAGGACAACAAGCAGGGUAAGAGCAGCGGCCGAUUCUACCUACAGCGCGGUGUGACAUCCGUCCCCCGCGCUCCCGUCCUCACCACCGCCGUUCCCAUGUCCCCACACGCGGUACAGCUCAACUGGACGUGGUCGCCUGGUAGCGACGGCAUACAAGCAGAAGGAUUCUACGUAUAUUUCAGAGCGUUGACAUCGGCUGGCCUGUACGAUAAAGCAGCAGUACCCAGUGGCAGCGCUAGAAGCAUGGUGUUGUCACACCUUAUGCCUGACAACGCUUAUGAACUCAAGAUACGGUCCUACGUGACCCAAGCCGCUUCUGAGUUCAGCAGCAUAAGGGAUGUGAAAACACUUCGUCUGGCAAACGGAUCUACUACGACGACUGAGGCUCCAGUUGAGGACGUGAAGGGCUCCACUCGGGCCCCUGACCCUCUGGUGACUGCUGGUGGGGCGUUGGGAGCUGUGGCGUUACUUGUACUGCUCGCUGUCAUUCUCUUCUUGUGUCGGAGGGCGAAGCGCCCGCCUGCAGAUAAGGAAAAAGGUUCCGUGCCAGAGACUGGUAGUGGUAACGGGUACAUCCAGGCUAAGGUGCCCAUCACUAUUACAGCCAAUCCCAUGCACGCCGAAGGAGGCGAUGGAGGUGUAGAAAUGUCAUUUCUUCAUAACAAUAACUGUGGCAACACUGGAAACAAUGACGAUACACUACCACAUUCCAGAAAGAAUGUACCUACGACGCGGCAGUACGUUUGAAAAGGCGUACUAAAUAUGCAAGUUUUAUAUGUGUUGCCGUUUAUAAAAUACUACCAAAAUGGUAGAUUGCAAUUGGCAUUCGAGAAAUGUGAUAUAAAUAGAAAAGCCAUAUUUGAAAUGUUUACGGACUUAUAAUAUCAGUACAAAAUAAAACUUAAGUAUAAAAAAAGUUACUUAGUAUAAGGUAUUGGUAAAAGUCGAUUUAAUAAAACGUUUAAUUUACGAACGUUUAAAAAAAAAACAGAUUUUUUUACUUAGCAUUUAUUAGACAAAUAAGGAGCACUGCACAUUUGACGGAACAUUCGUUGAGUAUUCUUAUAUUUUAUACGCCUGAUGCGCAUCGCCAAAAAUAAUAUUAGAUACCUACUUUCAGCAAGACAUGACUUUAAAGUAUAGGUAUGUUAUUAUGUUUGUAAAAGUGCUGGCUGAAUUUUGCAGGAGUAGCAAUAAGAAUGUCUGAAAGUAUAAAGAGUAUGGGAAUCGGGGCAAUUUUCAUAGAAAAUCGAUGCUGGUAAGGUAUUCUCUUCACUUGCUCGAUUCGUUAUCGGGAAAGUAAAACACCACUAAUUUGGCGUGUCAUAAGUAUCUUGACUAGACCUUUUUUAUUCAAUGCAAGGGAUAUGCACCUUAUGUAUUAAAUCAGGGUUCUCCAAGUAGGACAGGUUUAAGCGUGGUUGGCCUUGCGUAGACCAGAUCUACCAAUUCCAAUAAUGACAGAGCGAGUAUUAUUUAUAAUCAUAACAUGGAAAUUGUGGAAAACACAACGCAACUAGGUGUCCGUCGAUCAGACUUGCACUCUCUCACAUCAGCAGGGUUAUAUUGUCAUUUUAAUGUCUACUAGUCUUUCUGGCGAUACGCGAUCAUCGGUCCGCGCAUUUUCCGUCAGAUAUGAGGCAACCUCAAAUGCUGUAGCAAGUCUCAUUCCAUUACAUAAUUUAUCAAACACAAUUUAAACGUUUUCCCAAAUGUUUAAAUUGUGACAAACACUUCUACUUGUAUUAGACAAGCUAUUCUGAAUUUAAAUUGCUGCCAUAAACCGUCAUAUUUUCUAAAACUAGAUGUAUCGGUUAUAUUAAUGAGGAAGUACUUAAAAAAAAGAAAGCACUACAAAAGCACCUCCACUAGAUGGCGACUCUAGUAAGAGUUGAUUUUUGCAGGAAAGGAUUGGACCAAAGAUAGUCAUUGCCGUUACUUUUAACUAAUAUUCAUAUUAAAAAACUGAAAUUUGCAGCACAUGUGACAUUUUUUUAAGUAUCAUUGCAAAGGUGACGCCAUGAAUAUUGGUCAGGUCGAUACAUAAACUAUUUCCAGACCAUUCAAGAUUGGUUGAAUGACCUUUUAAUAUUGGUUGAAUGACCUUUCAAGAUUGGUUGAAUGACCUUUCAAGAUUGAGAAGAAAGAUUGGACUGCUGACAGUGGAUUUGUCAAUCUGACAGAUCAGUCGGAGCUUAGUUGUGACUUUCAAUCAGGAAUGGUCUAGAUCUGAACAGACCAACACUGGUCUCAUGACAAUAGAUCUGUCAACCUAACAGUUCAUUCAGGGCUUGAUUUAGAUAGAUAUAUCAAGAGCGUUCUAGAUCUGGACAGUAAUACUGGUCUACUGACAGAUCGGCUUCAGAUCAUUCGAGGCUUCAGUUACACCUUAGAGUCGCGGGAGUGGUCACUCUACACGGCAUAGCUUGUCUAGUGGUUUAUGUAGAAGUAUACAUUUUUCUGAUUGUUUAUUUCACAAGAUUUAAAAAUUUGUUUUAGAUUAUAAAAGAAAGCGAUAAUAUUACGAAUUUGAUAUAUUAUUAACUGGAUAACUUUAGAUCUGACUGCUAAUCUCUUUGACAUCUAAAGAAAAUUGUCGGAUGACGAUCUUCAUUUACGAAUCUCCACUUUCGUAUUAUCAACAUAAAUAUCUAAUUUUGCAAUAAGGCAAUGUACUUAAUAUUAAUCAUUUUGUUAUUGAUUUUGUUAAAGAAGUUGUUUUGGUUAUUAUUUCCGAUAAAUAUGUAAUUAUUUCAUUUAUUAUUAUUUAUGAUAUUCUGUAAUACUUUCGUUUCUUGAAAGGUUGUGAUUGACCUCAGAAUUUAAAUAUUGACAUUAAUUUAUUUAUUAUCACUUCUUUUACAUAUUGUACACCUUCUGGUUCAUGUGUGAACAAAUCACUUUCAUUGCCAUUUUUUAUUAGUAGGUGUAUAAUUUGUAACGUUAAUAUAGUGUUUAAUGCGUCAUUUAUGAUAAUUAAUUUAAGAAAUUUUAGUAUUCAAAUAUAUCUCAAACAAAAUAGACUGCAAUGUUGAUUUGGAUGGUUUGGCAUGGGGUGUGCCAAGAAUAAAAUAGCUACUCUGUCUCUUCAUCGUUUAUUUUUAUUUAUUUGCAGUUACAAGGAGAAACAUUGUAUCUCAAUUUCAAUAAAUUGCCACAUUUUGAAUAAUUUAAAAAAUAAGUUGUAAAAUUCAUGUCGUGUAAGUUUUAGCAAUAAAAAGAUUUUAUAUACGAAUAUAUAUAUGGGAGUACACGUCUGCAUUUCAUUAUUGUUUCUUUAGUAACUGUUCAAAUUGAGUUACAAUGUUUUUCCUUCCAUGAAUUUAAAUUGUGCUUGUGUUAUUAUAACAUAUGUGAUGUAUAUAAAAAUCAUUUAUUAUUAUUCGUGAAUUCAUUUCUCCUAAAAUAAAUUGUUGACAACAACGUAUAACUUUGUAUGGCCGAUACGAAUUAAUAGAAGUAUUUAUAAUACUAUAAUGUAAACAUAUUUGGAAAUGAUCAAAGAUGAUUCCUAUGUAAACGCUUAUUAUUCUCACUACUGUUAUUAUUUUAAUUAAACAAUAAUAUAGUUACAGUAAUAAUUUAAUUGUAGUAUUUUAACAAUGCACUCGCUUAAUUAACUCGCUUAAAAGACUGAGAACGAAAUACGAAGACAGUUUUUCAAUUAAACGAAAGACACGACUGUUAUUUGCAGUUUUCUGUAAAUAGCAAAUGUAAAGGGAAAUUAAUGAGUAUUGUAGAAUUAAACGUCGUAAGUAAAUAAAUUAAAAAAUAUGUU